GCCUUUCAUCGUUGUGGCACCUCAACGUCGUUAUUACAACUUUGGCCGACGAAGCGACCAUGUCCAAGAAGAACCUGUCGAACAUCCGCACCGCGAGCAUCCACGGCCCGGUGCUGGUGUCGCCGAUCUCGGUCGCGCAUCGGAACAAAGCAAUGGAAGCCGCGACGGCCGACGGAAAGAAAGGAGGUGACGGCAACAACCACGUGCGGGCGCAGUGGAUUGCCAACCUCAAGAAGAAGAGCAUGGCGACGGAGGCAAGUCCGCUCGCCAUGUCGUCGACGUCAUCGUCGUCGUCGCUGCAUCACCAGGACCACUUCUUGCAGCAGCAGCAUGCGUGCAUGCUUCUCGCUUCUGAGAACCUUGCGUACGACAUGUACUCGGGAGUAAAGGUGGAGCCCCGGGCCACCGUCGACAUCCCGCCCAAAAAGUGGAUCAAGCCUCUGCUCAAGAAGCGCAACGGUGCGCUCGACAUUCACAACGGCCCCAAGCCACGCACGCCACGACGCAAGCUCAAUUGUGGCAACGCAUUCGAAGACAUGCACAUUCAAACCAACAACCAGCAUGUGCUUGGAGACUCGACGUGGAGCGGGUUUCCCGGCGUCGGAACACCGUCUGCGCAUUACCAUUCGUCUCAUUCCCACCACCACCACCACGUCCAUGCGCACCAGGCGCAUGCGGCGGUCACGGGGGCCCUCCUCCCGAACGACCACCUCUUUGGCCCCGACAUGGACUUUGGAUGCAACUUUGAAACCUUUCUUGACCUGCCGACGCCCAAGUUGGCCGACAUGCCCAGCGUCGUCCCCACCUUCGCCCUCCUGCAUGACAGCGACCCGAGCAACGCAGUUGCGACUACGACCCCGCGCAACAAGAGUCUUCAGCAGUAUCAGGUCCCUCCCACGCUCGUCCGAACGUCUAGCGUCGAGCAGGAAGGGCUCAGCUACUGCCUCGGCCAGACGAGGCUCCACUCGUCGUCGUGCUCGUCCACCGCAUCCAACCAAGACGACAACGACGUCGUAUUUGGGGACGGCAGUCAUGCAUGUCCCUCCGACCCCCCUGGUGCAGUGGUGUCAUCCGCGACGCCGUCGUCAUCGGCUUCCUCGGCAGGGUGCAUCUUUGACCACACCAAGCACCCCGAACUCGAAGGGAUGUUCGACUACGAGUUCAACGACGACGACAUUGACAAGGAAGUGGAUAACUUUUACAUGGCGGACGGCCACGAGCUCGAGAUCGACCUGAUUGCGUGAAGCGCGUACCUCCCCAUCGUGGCGCGCAACCACAUUGCGGUCGUCGUCGGUCCUCUUCUACCACACCGUUAGCGUUUUCUCUCAAUUAGCGUACAACACCCCCUCCAUCCAAAUGGCAAUCAAUUUUGUAACAAUUCCGAUGGAUGCAUGGGCAGUGGACGAGGCGGGGAUGGGCCGGAUGCACACGCUUCCAUGCCAAGAGCGGCGCCGCGAGGGCAACAUACCGCGAGGUGGUUUGUGGUCGCCGUCGACGUGAUGACUGUCGCGACGCUUGGAUCAACUGCAUGUGGGCGGUGAAUGAGCCUAACUCAGCCAUGUCAAAGGGUGAACAAAGGAGCGCCGUCGAGGUCUAUUCGAUCCUGCGGAACGUGAACGCGCGUGAGAGCUCCAAGGAUGGACAUGCAUGGAGAAAAAGGCGCAGGACGAGCGCGUUCAAAACGACGUAGGUUGCCAUGAACCGGUCGAUGGGGGAGAUUGGGAUGCAACGAGAAUCGGAUCACAUACAGGUGAAAGUCGGUGGCACGGUCGUUCAGCCGCAAGUACGGCUUGGCCUGCGUGCAGUUCCGCAGAGGACGGUCACGACGGUGUCGAAGGAAGCGAUAAUCUUUGAGCACUCAAGGACUACUCGCGGUGGUCGAUCAAACGGAUCUUGGCAAGGAAGCAUGGAUGAGCCGCAGGUCGAGAUGGCGCUCGUUAAGGUCGUCGUGCGUCCAGAACGUGCUGCUCCGAGAAGCAGUCAGCGCCAAUCAUGGAAUAUAGUACAGCGCACGCGUUCCCUCUCUCUCCGCGCUUUCGUCCGCUUUCACAUCCCGCCUUCAUCGAUUCGCGUCAUCCACAAGGUUGGCCAUCGUCGACUUCGGCGCCACAUCGGACACGGCGUCGCUGGUCGUAACGUAGUGGAAAG